AUGUCUCCAACAGCUCUGGAAAAGUUUGACGUGGUUGAGAUUGUCAACAUUCAUCAAGAUGACAUGGAGUUUUCUCUCGUUGAUGAGCUCUAUGAGAAUCUCAGUCCGCCCGACGAUGAACCCCGCUCAUUCCCUACGCUGUUGCUAUACGAUACCAAGGGUCUCAAGUUAUUUGAGAAGAUCACUUAUUUAGACGAAUAUUAUCUCACAAAUGCUGAGAUCGAGGUCUUGACCAAGCAUGCAAAGAGAAUAGUGGAGCGGAUCCCUGAAAACGCACAGCUAGUUGAGCUUGGGAGUGGAAAUCUAAGGAAAAUCGAGAUUCUCCUCCGCGAAUGCGAACGUAUACAGAAACAUGUGGAUUAUUAUGCGUUGGACUUGUCUUUACUGGAGCUACAAAGAACAUUCUCGGAGAUCUCACCCGAGAGCUUCAAUUAUGUUGGCUUCCAUGGAUUACAUGGAACAUAUGAUGAUGCUCUUGACUGGUUGAAGAACCCUGAUAAUCGGACAAGACCAACUGUGGUACUAUCCAUGGGAUCCUCAAUCGGAAACUUCAGCCGCACCGAUGCCGCAAACUUUCUCGGGAGCUUCUCGAAAGUUCUUCAACCAUCCGAUUUCCUUUUGAUCGGAUUGGAUGCUUGCAAAGAACCUGAGAGAGUUUACAGAGCCUACAAUGAUUCAUAUGGAGCAACGAGAAAGUUCUAUGAGAAUGGUUUGUUACACGCGAACACUGUUCUUGGCUUUGAAGCUUUUAAGCCCGAGGAAUGGGAAGUACUGACUGGGUACGACAAGGGAAAGGGAUGUCAUCAAGCCUUUUAUUCACCUUUGGUUGAUGUUGUGAUUAACGAAAUUGUAAUUCGGAAAGGCGAGAGGCUCAAAUUUGAAGAGGCAUACAAAUACGAUCGUGAUGAACGAGAGGAGCUAUGCCGUGAUGCCGGAUUGAUAUCCCAAAUUGAAUUUGGAAAUUCGCAUGACAACUAUCAUGUUCAUCUUCUUUCGCCUGCCACCCUUAAUGUGCCGACAAGGGCCUCUGAAUAUGCAGCUCAUUCCAUCCCAACGCUUGAAGAUUUUCAGACUCUAUGGACUUCAUGGGAUAUUGUUACGAAGACAAUGAUUCCCCGUGAAAGUCUUUUGUCUAAGCCAAUCAAGCUCCGAAAUGCAUUGAUAUUCUACCUGGGUCAUAUUCCCACGUUCUUUGAUAUUCAUCUCACCAGAGCGCUUCGUGGGAAACCAACAAACCCCAAAUAUUACCAGCAGAUUUUUGAACGAGGCAUUGAUCCCGAUGUUGAGGACCCCGAGCAAUGCCAUGCUCAUAGUGAGAUUCCUUCCGAGUGGCCUCCUUUGGAUGAAAUCUUGGAUUACCAAGAGCGCGUGCGCAGCCGAGCACGAUUAAUCCUUCAGAGUCACUCAGAAUCGAAAGAUCGGAAGCUAGGCGAAGCUCUAUGGAUCGGAUUUGAGCACGAAGCCAUGCAUUUGGAGACAUUCCUCUAUAUGUUAUUGCAGAGUGAGAAGACACUCCCGCCAUCUGGAAUUAAACUUCCUGAUUUCACUCAAAUCGCCCAAGAUGCCAAAAUCAAUGCGAGGCCAAAUGAGUGGUUUCGCAUUCCUAAGCAGACUGUGAUGGUAGGCUUAGAUGAUGCUGAUGAGGCUACCGUGCCUAGUGACUCAUAUGGGUGGGAUAAUGAAAAACCCCAACGAAAGAUUACUGUCCAUUCCUUCGAAGCACAAGGUCAACCAGUUACGAAUGGCGAAUAUGCGAAGUACUUGCAAGCUAAUCGCCUCCGUGCUAUCCCGGCAUCAUGGUUGCUGAUCUAUGCUGAUCAGAAUUACCCGAUCGCCAGGGGAGUGGACAGAUCAAGCCCGGGUGCUUCUGACGAAUUUUUGAACAAUUUUGCUGUUCGAACAAUCUUUGGAUCUGUCCCACUGGGUCUCGCGCAGAGUUGGCCAUUGAUCGCAUCUUAUGAUGAAUUUUCAAACUAUGCCAAAUGGGUGGAGUGUCGAAUUCCUACUUUUGAAGAAGUGAAGAGCAUCUAUCAGCACUCUGAUCAAUUGAAGAUGGAUACUCGUGAGAACUCAGAAGCUUAUAGCAAUGGCGUAAACGGAAGAACCCCGUCGAGCCAGAUCUUUCGCGAUCUCGAUGGUUGCAAUGUGGGCUUCAAACACUGGCACCCUACUCCUGUGACACCUUAUGGCAAUCAACUUGCUGGACAAGGAGAGCUAGGUGGAGUUUGGGAAUGGACCAGUUCCCCUUUACUGCCUCAUGAAGGAUUUGAGGCCAUGGAAAUCUACCCAGGCUAUACAUCCGACUUCUUCGACGGAAAACACAACAUCGUUCUCGGUGGAUCGUGGGCAACUCUGCCUCGAAUUGCGGGAAGAUCCUCAUUCGUUAAUUGGUAUCAACACAACUACCUCUAUGCCUGGGCUGGAGCGCGUUUGGUUAGGGAUCUUUCUGGAUAA